AUGUGGAUGGAUUUGUCUUAUUACAAAGAUGUAGGCAUAGUUCCGGGAAGUGGCACGUGUGAGAGACAUCAUGGCCUGGUCAAAGUCAUUUCUGACAAGCUCCUGGGGUUUGAUAUUGCCCAAGAGGCUGUCAAGAAGAGGCGCCGUACCACAAAGAAGCCUUACUCUAGGUCCAUAGUUGGUGCCACUCUGGAGGUGAUCCAGAAGAAGAGAACUGAAAAGCCUGAAGUUCGAGAUGCUGCCAGGGAGGCUGCUCUACGUGAAAUUAAGGAGCGGAUCAAGAAAACAAAGGAUGAAAAGAAAGCAAAGAAGGCAGAGGUGAUGGCCAAGGUACAGAAGACUGGUAGCAAGGGUAACAUGCCCAAGGGUGGUGCACCGAAAGGUCCUAAACUUGGAGGAGGUGGUGGAAAGCGUUGAGCAUUGUGCUAGUUAUUGUUAAAUGUAUCGGAGCAGCGAUGUUGGGUUUUCUAAAAGUUGGAAAGUUAAUUUUGAUGUCGGCAAAAAUAUUUGCAUUUUUUUCUUGACACUUGGUAAGAUGAGAAUUUUGUAGUUCUCGAUUGGAUUACUUUUGAUUGGAAUGCAGUUCUCGAUGCACUUGCGGAUUUAGUAGGAGUGGCUGCCCUUGGUGCACGAUGCUGUUGGCAGGACUUUUGAUUUCUAAAGUUUCCAUUUCUCAGUUUUCUUACCCCCUCUUGUUCAAACAAAGUUAUGUGUGGGGUUUUGUUGGUUUUAUCUUUAUAGACUGUCCUUUACAUAUUUAUGUCCCUCCGCUGCUGUGCUCUUUUCGUUUCUUCUGAUGCCAAUCGAGGUUUAGAAU